AUGUCCGUCAACGACCGUGAGCUCGGUGCCAACAAGGGCGUCGACACCUACCCCGGCGUUGCAAACCCCACCGUACACAACGGCGUCAAUGACCCCAUGGCCUUGAACUUCGUUAACGACCCAACAACCGAAGACACUGGUGCCGGUGCUGGCCCACGCUUCGAGGGCCACCAACAAGCCCAGCGCAACUUCAGGCAAACAGCAGGUGUUGUCGAGGGCAAGCCCGGCAUUAUCGAGUCAGCCAACAUUGACCCCUUGAAUGAGAACUCGAAUAAGGAUGAUGGUUGGGCAAACGCCACGCGCGCACCCGGUGCUGCAUCCGGUGUGACUGGCGCAGCAUCUGGCAUCACGGGCACGGCUACCGAAUAUGCUUCGCAAGCAGCUUCAGUCGCCACCGGUGCCGCGAAGUUCGCCUAUGGCCAUGCUACGGGUAACGAGGAGGUCAAGCGCCAAGGCAGCGAAGCCGUCUGGGGCUCUGAGCAGUAA